AUGAAAACGCGGGGCAUUUUUCGAACCCCCCAGGGUGUUCGUCUUUAUGCGUCCACAUGGGAAGUACCCCAAUUUUUUACACGCGGCACAAAGAUAGGGAGUAUUCAAAUGAGCAACGCGGGGGAAGAAAUUGACCAGAGGAAGCUUCCCCACUGGAGUAUAAACACACAGCCCUGUAACCUUCAUAGUGGAAAAGAGGGGGACUUCUUUGAAAGACUCAUCCGGAUUUACGUGGACGUCAUUUUUAACUGGGACAAAUAUCCACCGCAUGUUCAGCACUUGCACAUUUUGGGAAGAAGUCUGCUAAUGGAUAAAGUACUUAACGUGCGAAGCAGCAAAAGUCACAAGAAAAAACUGCUUAACUGUGAGGACAGUAAACCGUUCGAAAAUAUGAACGAAUAUCUUGUACGCUUAAAUGAAGCAGCAUUGGGAGGUGAAAAAUUAUUAGAGGAUGAAAAAAAGGACGUGAUCCAAAAAGUGAAAAAUAUUUUUAACCACAAAAAUGUCUUGUAUGCAUUAUUUACCCUACAGCAUAACAGGAUUUUAUUUAAUUUUUCUGAGCAGUUGUUUUUAAAGAAUGUGGAAAUUUGCUUUUUAAACUCCGCCGUCAGUAGCAGGAUGGACAUAUAUCGCUACAUCAGACGCUUUGGGGUGGACAACAUUUGCCUUUACGUUUUUGAAUACGCUGACCACCUUCACAUUUUGAAGAAGCGCCAUGAAGUCGUUAAGGGGUUAUUUUUCGGAAGUGCGUCCUGA